CAGCGUGCAGAGGAACACACAGAGGAAAAGAAGACUUUCCACUUUGCGCAGCGUCUGCAGCCAGAUGCUGCACAUACCUUCUCCCCACCAGCGUGUACUUGAAACUCCUUUUUUGAUGCUGAAGCACUAAACUCUCAUAGUUGUAGGGUGGCUUUUUGGAGCAGGAGAUCCAACAUAAUGUCUGCCGCUCAAGGACUCCUCAACAGCGUCUUCUCCUGCUCCUCUCCUGCCUCCAAAGCCAUAACCAAACGGAGGCUACGCCAAACCCGGAGCCUGGACCCGGCUAUCAUAAGACACUGUGACACCGGGACAGAGGGAGUAAUAGCUUUGGAUUUCUCCGGAGUUGCCGACACAGGCGCGUCCUCGGAGCGCUUGGCUGUGAAACCGGCUUUACGCACCAGGAUUCCAACACUUAAAGAGCCCAUAAUGCCGUCCCUCUCCUCUCCCUCCAUACCUUUCGAUGUUUCCCCAUCGUCCAACUUCCACUUUGACUAUGACAUAGUGAAGCGACCCAAAAGGAAUACCGCCGGGGAUUUACCGUUUCUGGUGAGGGGGCCCGGUGCAACGCCGUCCGGGAGCACCGGCACGCUGUUCUCCCCGCGGAGGUGGCUUCAGAGGAAGGUGCAGCAGCCCAGCUCUCACGCUUACGUGGUGUGGAAAUCAGAGGGUGAUUACACCUGGAGCAGCCUGUCGGGGCGGAGCGUGCGCCUGACGCCGGUUUCCAUCCAGAGCCUGUCGGAGCUGGAGAGGGCAAAGCUGCAGGAAGUAGCCUACACCCGUUUACACCAGGACUAUGACUUGGGAUGCCAGAUAACCAUGCCAAAAGAUGGACAGAAGAGGAAAAAGUCGCUGAGGAGGAAGUUGGACUCGCUUGCAAAAGAGAAGAGUAAAGACAAAGAAUGCCUACCCCAGGCCUUCAGUAUAGUGCUCUCCCAAGUCAUCGCUAAUGACAGAACGCAAAGGCAGCGCCAGGACGGAUAUCGUCAGGACCAUCUACAUCGCGAGGAGCACAAGGACUCCUCUGACCUCGUCUCGUCCAUUUUACAGUUUGCCACCAAGCGGCCGUCCACCAAGGAGUUAUCCAGCAGUAACUCGUCUUUGAGUUCUACAUCAGAAACAGCCAAUGAGUCAACGUCACCCAACACGCCCGAGGCUCCUCCACGAGCACGCAGGAGGGGAGCCAUGUCAGUGGACUCGAUCACAGACCUGGACGACAACCAGUCCCGGCUGCUCGAGGCGCUGCAGCUGUCUCUGCCGGCCGAAACCCCAAGCAAGAAAGAGAAGCACCGGGACAAAAGGCUGAGCCUCAAUCCCAUCUACCGGCAGGUUCCCCGGGUAGUGGACAGCUGCUGUCAGCACAUCGAGAAAUAUGGUCUGCAGACUGUGGGGAUCUUUCGCGUGGGAAGCUCUAAGAAGAGAGUUCGACAGCUGCGUGAGGAGUUUGAUCGAGCAAUCGACGUGCAGCUGGAUGAGGAGCAAAGUGUUCAUGAUGUAGCUGCUUUGUUGAAGGAGUUCCUCAGGGACAUGCCCGACCCUCUUCUCACCAAGGAGCUCUACACGGCCUUCAUCAACACCACAUUGCUGGAUCCAGAUGAGCAGCACAAUGUCACUCAGCUACUCAUCUACCUGCUCCCAGCAUGCAACAGCGACACACUCCACCGCCUCCUUGAGUUUCUGUCCACCGUGACCGACCACGCUCACGACCGGCUGGACAAGGACAGACAGGAGAUCACAGGGAACAAGAUGACGUCCCUGAACCUGGCCACCAUCUUCGGCCCCAACCUGCUCCACAAGCAGAAGAACUCGGACAAAGAGUUCAGCGUACAGAGCUCCGCCCGCGCCGAGGAGAGCACGGCCGUCAUCGCCGCGCUGCAGAGGAUGAUCGCCAGCUACCAGACCCUCUUCAUGGUGCCUCCUGAUCUGCAAAAUGAGGUUUUGAUGAAUCUGCUGGAGACAGAUCCAGAUGUGGUGGACUACCUUCUGAGGCGAAAAGCAUCACAGAGUCCCGACUUGCUGCAGUCGGAGGAUCCCUUCACCCUGAGCGAGCGCCAUUCCUCCAGCGACUCCAACAAGGUGUCCAGUGGGGAGGUGUCCCCUUACGACAACAACUCCCCGAUCAUGAGUGAGCGGAGAGGAGAGCAGGGCAGCCCGGGCAGCGAGCCGCUCUUCCGUGUCCCAGAACAGUACAGUGUGGGGGGGCAGGUGGCCGGCUGGAGCACAGAGUCUGUGGCGGACACUUGGGGAAGUAAAGACGCUAUAUCAGAGGAGCAUGCAAAUAUUUGGGGGACUUGGCAUACUACGCUGAAACCAGCACUCAAAGAACAAGCGUACACAGGUUCCCAUGGCAACAUGUCAGAGGGGAGUUCACGCAGCUCGCAGGAAGGCCUCGACGGACUCCAUGGCGAUGGCAGGCAGCAGAUGCCGCUGCACCGGACACAGACGGCGCCUGGCAUCGCCGAGUGCCUGAGAACCCACCCCCCGGUAACCAGAGUGUGCACCAGCCCUCACAUGCAGCUCAACGCCAAGCCCUCGUUGACGUCGCAACUCAAAAGCACUCAGGGUCACCAUCGAGCAAGCGGACUCAACCCGACCCCUAGGCUUCACAACUCUGGUGACACACCUGGAGGUCUGAACGACUGCCGCUUUCCUCCCCCAUAUAACGCCCACCACCGACUGGCGGGUUCGCCUCAGCUCGCCCCGGUUCAGCAGCCCCCCCUGCAGCACGGGAAGCUGGGUGUGGCGCAGAGCACGACCUCGGACAGCCAGAUGGUGCCGCAGAGCCCCGAGUGGCAGGACUGGCAGAGGGACCGCUGGCAGAUCUGGCAGCUGCUGUCCUCGGACAACGCUGACGCUCUGCCUGAAACGCUGGUGUGAUAUCACAGCGUGAACUCGUCCAAUGACAAUCAAUAUUCACUUCAUGUUUCAGCCAGCCUUCAUCCACUCAUGGAUCCAUGGAUUUCCUCCUUCCCCUGGACCCUUCAUGCUUCUCCUGCAUCUAGCGCCAUGGCGUUGUUGUUUACGUGUGCAGCUGCUGCCUUAUACAGACUUUUACAUCCAGAGAGCCACUAGUAUUUCAUUUUUUUAAAUGGAUGUUGCUUCUGUUCCUAGCCCAAUAUGUGUUGUCCAUAAUGACAUCUUGAGUUGGCCACAAGAAAUACCUCAAAAACAAUCCUUUCACCAUGACCAUACUUUCUAUUCAGCUUGAGUAAAGUCUUCAUAUCUCAAUGGAGAACACUAGGAAACGUGUGUCUUUAGUUUCCAUUCUUUUAUACAUUUUUUUCCACCAUACAGACACUAUGAUAUACCCAUUAAUAUUUGCUGCUAAAUGUAAAUUUUCUGUGUGGGUAUUGUUCAGCCAAACCUGUCUAAAAAGAUCAAAUGUUGGAUUGCUUUACACAUGAUGUCGGAUGUAUAUUACAAACAUAAACAAUAUAUAUGUAAACCGACAUGUUAAGUAUAGAAUUCGCCAAACUACUAAGAGAAAGUCUGCCCUUUAAAUGGCUAUAUGUUGCCGUUUCUGUCUGUAACGUUGAAUGUAGGAUACUUUAACUGCUUAGCCUGAUUAUAAAGCACCGCUGCUUAUCCGUGGUCUUGCCACUCGCUGCAUGGCAGGAACAAUGUGCCAAAAUCCCUAUUUUUUUUUUUACUUCAAUGUUGAUUUCAGAAAAAUACUCAAAAGAAUAAACAAGAUAAAGGAAGAUGAAGUGUAGUAGCCCAUGUGUUUUUUUAAAGGACCUUAUGUGUAAAUAAAUACAAGAAUGUAAUAUUAAAAAUAAGAGCUAAAGUUAUGUUUGGAUAUCAGGUAAAGCCAAACAGUACUUAAGUCAUUUUAAGACUUUUAAAAACACAUCCGACAAAAGAUUUAUAUUAAGUUGAUGCACAAAAUCCUAUAUUGCAAAUUCUGUAUAGCAAAUGUCGUCUCCUACAAUUGACUCUAAUGUGUCAUUCUGUCUAAUUUGACCCAAUCUAAAACAAAAACUACAAUCCGGAAAGCCAUUCCCAGUUGUAAAUUCUAGUAUGACUUUACACUGAAAAUAUGAGAUCAAAAAACUAUAUAUAAAAAAAGCAGCUCUACAAUUUCAAACCACAAUUUAUAAAACCAUUACAGUAUGAUGAUAUCAGUACCCUAAAUCCACAUAAAACACGGAUCCAGGAUAUUAAACCGCUCAUACACAUUUUUUCUAGGAAUUAUUACGAUUUAAUGACUGCAUGGUCCAACUAAAGUGCCAAAAAUAGAUACAUUUGUCAUUCUAAUUCCAGCAUUGUUGCUUAUUCAGAUGGGAAAACACAUGUUCACCCACAAUCAACCUGUCCGAAUCCUCGUAAUAAAUUUCAGUCAAGUGGGUAUUUGCUGGCAAAUAUUUCACAUUGUCACGGUGUAAUAUUUGCGAAUAUGAACAUUACAUCUAGAGAUACAUGAUGUAUAAUUGGACUUCUUCUUUGUGUAUGUGACUGAGUAUUCAAUGAAAGAGAGCCACACAAGUGCAUAAGUGUUGUGGUAAAGCUUAUGGCUCCAUCUAUUGACAGACCGUGUGUAUUAGCAUAUUGCUGCUUCCCACAAUUCAAUGGGAUCCAGCCGUGCUCAGUUUAGACUGCUUGUGAUUAUAAGCACCUUUCUGUGUAAAUGUGUGUGAGGAAAGAAAAUGUGCCAUAGUCUUGCUCUUGAAGAUAUUCUCCAUGCAUUGCUCAAGGUUUGUAUUUUUUGUGGGUUUUUUUUUGUAUGUUUCUGUUGUUGUAAUAUAUAAAUUCAAUAUAAUGCGAUUUUUAUUAAAAGGAGAAAAAAAGACAGAAAAGUGGGGACUAAUCUUAACGCUCCUCUCUUUGUCUUGUUGACCUCACUAAGAAUUAGUGCUCUGGUGUUUAUUGUGGAUAUUUUCGGUGGGGUUUACUGGGUCCAAGUUGUGUCUGGUAAUUGCUUUUGUACCACGUGUCAUCAUCAAUAUGCUACAAUGGAAUUAAAUAUGAUAAAGUUUA